AUUGGCUCGCUGCCGUUGUUUUGACUCGCUCAACAAGGAGCCUCGCCCGGCACCGAAUCCCUUGGAAUCCCAACCCAACAAAGAUUCCAUCAUCAUCGCCCGUAUCGCAGGGCCUUAACAUCUGGGUCGCGAUGGAGGAGGAGAUUGCGAGACUGCGACAGGCUCUUGAAAAUGAGCGGCGCCUCCGCGAAGAAGCCGAGAGCCGUGCGUCGGAGGAGCAACGCCGACGCGAAGAAGCGGAAAAGAUCGUGGCGCCAUUGCAACUGGAGCCUUAUCUUGAGGCUUGUCACGCUCUCAAUCUUGCCAUCAAGGUAGUCACCGACCGCUCCUUGACCACACAAGGCGACACCACCAAUCCUGCCGGUCGAGUAUACCCCCGGCGAAUCGUUCCGUGGGAUGACUUUCCCGCAAGACAGGAGGACAUCUGGAAUCGGCUGCUCGAUCUGUCCUUUGCCUCCCGGCAUACCGAACACGGCCUCCGGUACUACGAGCACGAUACCGUAGAGAAUGCGGUGAAAAGGCUAGUUGAUACGGUGUACGAGAACCCGGUCCUUCGAGCCAGCGUGGGCCUGUAUGGAACCGUGACGUUUGAGAGUCACACCAGUCUCGGCCCCAUCGAUGGCGGUCUCUCCGAACCUUCCGACUCCGCGCCCCCCUCCGGGACCAGUACUAAGGAGGCCGCGCUCGUACCGCCUGCAGCGGACUGCAAACGCCUCCAUGUUGCGAAAGGGAAGGGCAAGGGCAAAGGCAACCGGGCGGACCAGUUCUGCAUCUAUAGAACAUUCGAUGGUGCAAACGUACCAGCGACAGCGAUCGAGUACAAGGCGCCAUACAAGCUCAGCCAGGACGAGUUGGUGACGGGUCUAGUGUCUGAGAUCCAACCGGAGCGAGAUGUGAUUAACAAAGACGGUGACGACUUUGCAUUCGCAGCUAAGGCGCUUGCUACUGCCGUCGUCACCCAACUCUUCUCCUAUAUGGUCGGGAGGGGCAUUCAGUACGGCUACGUCUGUAUAGGGCAGGCCUUCGUCUUUCUGCAUAUCCCCGAUGACCCGGCCAUGGUCUACUACUACAACAGCCUUUACCCGUUCCGUGCGUCGCCUCCUCUGUUGGCUUGGUACGACGCUGCUGCGGGCCUUGAUACCUGGGCCGUAGAGUACGAUGACAUGCUGAGCAGAAUCCCCCCUUCUGUCCGCAAAGAUAAGUGUCGCGUUUCCCUAUACAAGCCCCAGCGUUGGCAGGGAUUUACGCGCUCGCCAAUUCGGCCCGUUCGCAUUGCGCCCAGAUCGACACCUAAUGCGGACCGGCUAAAUCGCCUAGGAAGGAAGGCUACGACGUCUGGCACCGGUUCCGGCAACAGACGGGGCCAGCGUGGCAGAGGGGGAGGCCGGCAGGGCGGGGCAAUGCAACAAAGGAUACAAGACCAGCCGUACUGCACGCAUAAAUGCCUCCUAGGGGUGCUGGCCAAAGACCGCGGCCCUGAUGCGGACUCUACCCUGAUGUACCUGUCUGGGUCUGUCGGGUCGCUCUUCAAACUUCGACUGUCGGCUUACGGAUAUACGCUUGUUGCCAAAGGCGUGGAGACUGGACACCUCGACCGUUUGUCGUAUGAAAAGGACGUGUACAACCAGUUGCAACAUAUACAGGGAAACUACGUCCCUGUGUGUCUUGGCCUGAUACAUCUGGUUCUGCCAUACUACUAUGAUGGCGGUGUAUUCGAGCACUUCCUGCUGACAACCGCCAUAGAUUUGGCAACUAAGGCCUAUUCCGAACUUCAUCAGCUGCAAGUCCUCCACGUUGAUGUAGAGCUUCGCAACCUGUUAUACGACCGGGCAGACCCAAACGGCCAAGGUCGGAAGAGGAAGCCCGACGACUUCACGGAGGAGUUUCAAUCUGUCGUCGAGCGCGUUUCGCUGCGUUUUGGUGAUAAUGUGCUAAGCGGCCUGAGACAAUCUGGGAUCGCCGAAUUCGUCGUCCCGAUCCAGGCCGAGCUGACAUGCGCUAUUGAGAGCCCGGCGGAAAAGCGGCGACUCGCUGGCUUCCACGCAUCUCUGGUUGAUGCCACGGGGACCGAUGUUUACAUGAAGCACCCAGCCGUGGGGAUCCGCGGCCGCGUCGGGUUGGGCGGCAGAACUGGUGGCUAUCAGGCCGUCUACCGUGGCCUCCAGAGCGCCUUGAUGACGGCGUCGACGUCGAUGCACUCUGGCACCAGGUCCUCGGCUUCGUUGUGCCUCGCCCGGCUGGGCCAGGUCGGCAGGAGACCGAGAAACCGCUGA